GCUCGUGGGGACGGCGCGUUUAUCCCCGCAAGACAUGAAGGGCUUCCUGAUGUUCACCCUCCUCCUGCUGCCCGUGCACGCUGGAACUGCUUGGAGUGCCAAAUACGCGGUAGAUUGUCCUGAGCCCUGUGACAGUAAUGCGUGCAAAAGUACCUUGCGCUGUAAGCGAACGGUGCUGGAUGACUGUGGCUGCUGCAGGGUGUGUGCGGCUGCUCUGGGGGAGACUUGCUAUCGUACGGUCUCGGGUAUGGAUGGUGUCAAGUGUGGUCCUGGGCUGAAGUGCCAGUUUUACACUGAGGAGGAUGACUUUGGUGAUGAAUUUGGUAUCUGCAAAGAUUGUCCCUAUGGCACCUAUGGAAUGGAGUGCAGGAAAACUUGCAAUUGUCCAUCUGGCAUCUGUGACAGAGUCACUGGGAAGUGUUUGAAGUUUCCAUUUUUUCAACUCUCUAUUACACACAGAUUUCUAUCCCUCAGAGAGAAUGACAUGGCAUCAGGGGAUGACAAUUCAGUAAGAGAGGAAUUUGUCAAGGAGAAAGCAAUUCAUUCUCUGGUAAUGAAAUGGCUAAAUCCUCGCUGAUAUUUACUCACACUCAUAAGACUUUCAAGUGAAUGCCUUUCUCAUAGAUUAUUGAAUAUGCAACAGCAUAAUUUAAGAACUAAGUAGAUCUAUAGCAUAUGAAAAUGUAAC